AUGACCACUUCUUAUAUUGUUGCCGGUGCCAAUAGAGGUAUUGGGUUUGAGUUGGUGAAGAAGCUUUCUGAAAAUGCGGACAAUGUCGUGGUUGCAACCUCGCGUUCAUUAGACAGAGCAGAUCAACUAAAGGAGUUGAACAGAUCGAACGUCGAAAUUAUUCAGUUGGAUGUUACUGACUCUGUGGAUCAGUUGAAGAACGCUUUGAGUAAGCUGAAGUUCUUAGCCAAGUAUGGUGUUGACGUAUUUGUUCAAAAUGCUGGAAUUGGAAUCUCGGGUUCCCACUCUACUUUUAAUGAGCCAAUUGAAUCUUAUACUUACUUCUUCGAAGGAAAUGCUUUGUCCUCGAUCAAGUUCUAUCAAGCCAUUUAUCCUUAUUGGAUCAAGGAAGUCACUGGAAAAGCUAAGAAGGGUAUCUACAUUUCGUCGCUUGCUGGGUCCAUCGGAGGGCUCAGUAUUGGUACUUUUGGAUAUGGGUUAUCAAAAGCUGCUUUGAAUUUCCAUGCCAAACAUACUUCGUUUGAGCACGCCCACAGCGAGAACCCCGUCUUGAAGAACUCUAUCACUGUGGCGGUUCAUCCUGGUGUCGUUCUUACAGAUAUGGGAAAGCCUGUUAUCGAUGACUUGGGGCUUACUGAUUUGGCUAUCACUCCGGAAGAGAGCGGAGAGCUGUUGGCUGUUUUGAUCGAUGGUUUGAAACCUGAAGACAACGGCGAGUUUUAUAACUAUGAUGGAACUAAGGCUACCUAUUAA